CCCCCCUCUCCUCCUGCGCGCUCCCUUCCUCCCCUCCCCCGCCGGCGCGAGCGCUGUGGUGAAGCCGCCGCAUUGUUUGUGCCGAGGGGGGGAGGAGGGAAAAGAUUCUCUCGGCCACGGGAGCUUCCGCGCCCAACCCGCAGCCGGACUGCGGCCCUUCGCGACGCGCGCCUCCUCCCGCCCCGAAUGCGUCGCUGCUGCCGGAGCCAGCCACCAACGCCGCGGCCACCGCCGGGAACCGAAGGGGGGCCGCGACAGUGCGGGGCCCUCCUCCUCCCCUCCUUCCCCGUUCUCCAUCCCCGUUCUGCCCACCACGAGCAGCGCGAGGAGCGAGUGCUGCCGCCAUUAGCCCGGACCCAGCCCAGUGGUGUCUUCGAGCGAGAGGAGGGUCUGUCAGCCGCGUCCCGGCGGCUCCCUCAGAUAAUCAGUACCAAAUGAGGAGGAAAGGAAGAUGUCAUCGAGUACCUUCAACACGGCACUCUUCUUCUCCCUGCAGUAUUAAACACUCUCCUACCAGGGAAACCUUGACUUAUGCCCAAGCUCAAAGAAUGGUAGAAAUAGAAAUUGAAGGUCGAUUGCACAGAAUCAGUAUCUUUGAACCCUUGGAGAUUAUAUUAGAAGAUGAUCUUACAGCCCAAGAGUUGAGUGAAUGCAACAGCAAUAAAGAAAAUAGUGAGAGACCACCAAUAUUUUUGAGAACCAAGCGACAUAGAAACAACAAAAUUAAAAAGAAAAAUGAAGCUCUUCCAAGUGCACAUGGCAUUCCAUCUACAGCAAGUAUUCUUCCAGAACCGAAAGUGCACAUUGUUGAGUACAGUCCACCUUCUGCUCCUCGAAGGCCUCCAACUUACUACAAAUUCAUUGAGAAGUCUUCAGAAGAACUUGAUAAUGAAGUGGAGUAUGAUAUGGAUGAAGAAGAUUAUGCAUGGUUAGAAAUAAUUAACGAGAAGCGAAAGAGCGAUGGAGUAUCUGUUGUAUCACAAAAUAUGUUUGAAUUUCUUAUGGACCGUUUUGAAAAAGAGUCUUACUGUGAGACUCAAAAACAGGGUGAACAUCAGUCUUUAAUUGAUGAAGAUGCAGUUUGUUGUAUUUGCAUGGAUGGAGAGUGUCAGAAUAGUAAUGUAAUUCUUUUUUGUGAUAUGUGUAACUUAGCAGUGCAUCAGGAGUGUUACGGGGUGCCAUAUAUACCUGAGGGCCAGUGGCUCUGCAGACAGUGUCUGCAGUCGCGUUCACGGCCUGUAGAUUGUGUACUGUGCCCAAACAAAGGAGGUGCCUUUAAAAAGACUGAUGAUGAUCGGUGGGGACAUGUCGUGUGUGCUCUUUGGAUUCCAGAAGUUGGAUUUGCCAAUACAGUUUUUAUUGAGCCAAUAGACGGAGUCAGGAACAUUCCCCCUGCACGAUGGAAGUUAACAUGCUACCUCUGUAAACAGAAAGGUGUUGGUGCCUGUAUUCAGUGCCACAAAGCAAACUGCUACACAGCAUUCCAUGUUACAUGUGCUCAAAAAGCUGGUUUAUAUAUGAAAAUGGAACCAGUGAAAGAACUGACAGGCAGUGGCACAACUUUCUCAGUUAAAAAAACAGCAUAUUGCGAUGUACAUACACCACCAGGUUCUGUUCGGAGACCUCUGAAUAUUUAUGGAGAAGCUGAACUGAAAAAUGGUCUCUACAGAAAAGAGGGCUCAGCCAAAACAAGGUCUGCAUCAAAAAUCAAGAAAAAAGCAAAGAAGUCCAAGAAAGCAACAGCUGAACCCUGUACAGUUAUGCCUGCAGUGUCUGCUCCAUGUAUCCCUCCUCAGAGAUUAAAUAAAAUUAUGAAUCAGGUUGCCAUUCAACGGAAGAAGCAAUUUGUUGAAAGGGUGCACAGUUACUGGUUAUUAAAAAGGCUGUCUAGAAAUGGUGUUCCUUUAUUAAGAAGACUACAGUCCAGUUUGCAGUCGCAAAGAAACACACAGCAGAGGGAAGAUGAUGAAGAAACACAAGCUUUAAAGGAGAAGUUGAAAUACUGGCAAAGGCUACGCCAUGAUCUUGAAAGAGCCCGAUUGUUGAUAGAACUUAUACGAAAGCGAGAAAAAUUAAAAAGAGAACAGAUCAAAGUGGAACAGGUUGCUAUGGAGCUUCAGUUAACUCCUUUUACUGUACUACUACGUACAGUCUUGGAUCAGCUACAGGAAAAAGAUUCUGCGCGUAUUUUUGCCCAACCAGUUAAUCUUAAAGAGGUUCCAGAUUAUUUGGAUCAUAUUAAGCAUCCCAUGGAUUUCUCUACCAUGAGAAAACGGUUAGAUGCCCAAGGGUAUAAAAAUCUCACUGAGUUCGAAGAGGACUUCAACCUGAUUAUUGAUAACUGUAUGAAAUACAAUGCAAAAGACACUAUAUUCUAUAGAGCUGCUGUGCGGUUAAGAGAUCAAGGAGGUGUUGUUCUGAGGCAAGCUAGACGAGAUGCUGAGGCAAUUGGCUAUAAUAAUGAAACUGGAAUGCACUUACCUGAACGGCCUAAACUUGAAUCUCCUGCACCUUUCUCCUGGGAAGAUGUGGAUAGGUUACUGAAUCCUGCUAACAGAGCGCACAUGUCUUUGGAAGAACAGCUGAAAGAAUUGUUAGAGAAACUUGAUCUUACCUGUGCAAUGAAAUCCAGUGGGUCUAGGAGCAAGCGAGCAAAACUUUUAAAGAAGGAGAUUAAUAUGAUCCGCUGCAAGAUAAGUCAGCAACAUCAUCAGCCCCCUCAGACUGAAUCAGGUAUUGGAAGUUUUGAAGAAGAAAAUGCAGUAUUAGAACAAGAAGGUGAAGAAGAAGGAGAUAAAUCUCCCCCUAAACUUGAACCAUCAGAUGCAUUACCUCUUCCUUCAAACUCGGAGACUAAUUCAGAGCCACCAACCCUCAAACCAGUAGAACUCAAUCCAGAGCAGAAUAAGCUUUACAAAAGAGUAAAAUUUGACAAUGAAUUGUAUAGUACUUCCAUUCAGAAAGAAAUAAAUGGACACACUCCAGAACACUUACUUGAGAGUAAUCCCAAUGAGUCGACCGUUUCUGCUGUAGCUGAGUCAUCAACUGAUGUAAACAGACGUACAUCUAUUCUCUUCUGCAAAUCGAAAAGUGUAAGCCCCCAAAAGUCUGCAAAGAACACUGAAACCCAGCCAACUUCUCCACAGCUAGGGACCAAAACCUUUUUGUCUGUAGUCCUUCCAAGGUUGGAGACACUACUGCAGCCGAGAAAAAGAUCAAGGAGUGCAUGUGGAGAUUCUGAGGUGGAUGAUGAGUCCCCUGUAAAGCGUUUGGAUACAGGCCUUUCAAAUGGUUUUGGAGAUGGCAGUAAAGACUCAGAGUUAGAUGGCACACCAGGAAGAAAAGUAGAACCUCGUCGCCGUUGUGCAUCUGAAUCUAGUAUAUCUUCAAGUAAUAGCCUUUUGUGUAACUCAAGUAACUCUUCAAAUGCUUGUAGUUUUAGCCUGCCAAAAUGUGGAAAAGGCAAACCAGCGCUUAUACGAAGACACACGCUAGAAGACAGAAGUGAGUUGAUAUCAUGCAUUGAAAAUGGAAACUACGCAAAAGCGGCGAGAAUUGCAGCUGUCCUAGCUUCCGCCUCCAGGUUGACCCAUCAGGCAGACUCCAUCCCAAACUUGGAUACAGUGUUGACACUGCCUACUGCUAAUGACUUACCCCUGAAGUGUCCUCCUAAGUCGAAGCUCCUGUCCAUUGAGGUGAAGAAGAAGAAGGAAGUUGGACACAACAGCAUGUGGAUUUCAACUGAUACUUCCAAUUCUGUGCUUGAGCCUCUAAAAGUUGUGUGGGCCAAAUGCAGUGGAUAUCCCUCAUAUCCAGCACUGAUAAUUGAUCCUAAAAUGCCUCGUGUUGCUGGUCAUCACAAUGGUGUUACAAUACCUGUGCCACCCCUUGAUGUGUUGAAAAUUGGAGAACAAAUGCAGACCAAAUCUGAUGAGAAGCUUUUCUUGGUUUUGUUUUUUGACAAUAAAAGAAGCUGGCAAUGGCUUCCAAAAUCAAAAAUGAUUCCACUUGGGAUUGAUGAAACGAUAGACAAGUUGAAAAUGAUGGAAGGUCGGAACUCAAGUAUUCGCAAAGCUGUAAGAGUUGCUUUUGAUCGUGCUAUGAACCAUCUAAGUAGAGUUCAUGGUGAACCUGUCAGUGACUUCAGUGAUAUUGACUAGGGCGCAACCAAGGCACAAGAAAUACCCCCUUCUUGUAUAGACACCUACAGGUUAACCUCUGUGUCCAAGAAUGUACCGAAGAUACAAAUUUGUAAUCAUUGAUCCAGUGGCAGAGUUCUACCAACUUAACUGGUUGAGCAGUUCUUCAGAAUCACCAUUGCCAUACUGAUUAUUAUUGUGUUGCCGUUGGGAGGAUUUUCCACUAAAAUAACUUGUUCAUAGUGUUCAUAAAAUGUACAUAUAUGUAUAUUCAUCUCUUAACUUAUUCUGAUUUUACAGGUAGCUUUUUUAUUUCUUUUGUUUGCCUGGGAAAGGGAUAGAUUGUUGCUUCCGUUUCUUUCUGCAUUUUGAGAAAUAAAUCUUUAGCACCACCUUCCAGCUUAGGGUGCAGAGAAUUAAAAUAACAUCAAAUAAGUUUGCCUAAAUCAUAUGAUAUGGUGCUGCUUAUGUAUUACUAUUUUUUUGUGAUCUGUAGCUUUUUAACAAGACCUCUGAAUGUUUGGUUUUUACAUAAAUCGUUACUCUUUGCACAAAGUACCCCAUAGUUAAGGUGUAAAUUUAUAACACAGUGUAUUUUAAGAGAGAAAACAGCAUUAUUGGGGGGCGGGGUACUUUGUGAGAAAGAUGAUGGAAGUAAAAAAAUUAUGCUCUUUAUGUCACUUGAAAAAUCACCAAAAAACGCUCCAUUGUUACCCAAAAUAUCACUUUAGAAAUUCUUUUAUGUUUUACACAAAAUUGGCUCAAAGCCUAUUAGUAUAUUAUUUCUUGCAAAACCAUAUUCCGUCUAUCUCCCUGAGAUUUUAUGUGCCUCCCUGUGUUAUAUUUAUUGUAGAAAAUGUAUUAAUUUGCUUUAUAAAGAAAAAAUAAAUGAGAAAGUAUAUUGAUAUACAUUUUUAUACAGGCACAUAAGACAAUUUGCUUUGGGGAAAAAGCUGUCUUGGAAAUGGUUGUACAAAAUAAUUUGAUGGGUUGUGUGUAAUUUUGACUUCUUUUGUAACUUGUAAUCUUUGUUUCCAAUGAGGGGAUUUAUGUAACUUUUAAUUUUAGAACACUUUGGUAGCAAUAGAAACUUUGGAUACAUUUUUGUAUGGUACAUGUGAUGUAUAUAGAAUUAGUACUUUAUUUUUAUUUCAAAGAAGUAAAAGCAUUACAUUUAGGGAAGGAAAAUGAUACGGUGGGU